GCGUUCAACAAUAUUUUUCAUUUUUAAAAUUUGCUGCAUUCCUUUAUAAGAGUUUUAAUCAACUAUUAAGCUAUACAUUUUUCAAUAUCUUGCAGGAUUUAAUUUAAUUUUCUCUUUGACGUUACUAUUUUAGCGAUCGUUUUUUUAUCUAUGGUACACUGCAUCCUUACAAUUAAACUACUUAUCUUCCAUGUGUGAUACAAAUACGUAACCUCAAACUUAAUUCUCUCAAAAUGUCAAAACAAGAAAAAUCAGAAAAAUCUAAUAAAAGUAAAACGAAAGUUAAAGUUUUUUCCAAAAGUAAAAAGAAAAAUCUACCAGAAUCUGUUGUUAUUAAACAAUUAGUGGAUAAAUAUGAAACAAUUGAUACCAGUCAAAUUAAAAAGUUUGGGGAUUUUCCUUUAUCUUCACAAACUCUCAAGGGUCUUCGGGAAUCUGGGUAUCACAAACCAACGGAAAUCCAAAGGGAGACAAUCGGUCUCGCGUUACAAGGUAAAGACGUGUUAGGAGCGGCACAAACAGGUUCCGGGAAAACUUUAGCUUUUCUGAUACCACUAUUGGAGAUUUUAUUUCGUCAGCAAUGGACAAGAUUAGAUGGAAUAGGGGCACUAGUAAUUACCCCAACCAGAGAACUAGCAUAUCAGAUAUUUGAAAUGCUUCGUAAAGUAGGACAACACCAUGGAUUCUCAGCUGGUUUGAUUAUAGGCGGUAAAGAUUUAAAAUUUGAAAGAAAUAGAAUGGAUCAAUGCAACAUUAUAAUAUGUACUCCCGGAAGACUUUUACAGCACAUGGAUGAAAAUCCUCUAUUAGAUUGCGUCAAUAUGAAAGUAUUAAUACUUGAUGAAGCUGAUAGAUGUCUGGAUAUGGGUUUUGAACAAACUAUGAACGCUAUAAUCGCUAAUUUACCCCCCAAAAGACAAACUCUUUUAUUUUCAGCAACGCAAACUAAAUCUGUGAGAGAUUUAGCAAGAUUAAGUUUAGUUGAUCCUUGUUAUAUAAGCGUACAUGAGAAUUUAGAACACAGCACACCAAAGGAGCUUUCACAGACUUAUGUAGUCUGUGAACUUAAGGAUAAAAUAUCAGUACUGUGGAGUUUUCUCAAGAAUCAUCCACAUAAAAAAAUCAUGGUGUUCUUUUCGAGCUGUAAACAAGUGAAAUAUACUUUUGAAAUAUUUAGCAAGUUAAGACCAGGUACGAGUUUGAUGGCACUUUACGGAACGUUACACCAACUCCGCAGGAUGGAUAUUUACGAAAGUUAUUGUAGAAAACAAUCGGCUAUUUUGUUUUGUACAGAUUUAGCAGCUCGCGGUCUAGAUUUUCCUGAAGUGCAUUGGGUUGUUCAAAUGGAUUGUCCCGAAGAUCCAGAAACUUAUAUACACAGAGUAGGUAGGACCGCUAGAUAUCACAGAGGAGGGGAGAGCUUGUUGAUUUUAUUACCCAGUGAACUUAAAAUGGUCGAAAAACUCAAGCAGAAAAAAAUUCCAAUUGAUGAAAUAGAUAUUAAUCCUGAUAAACUGAAUAAUCCAGUAAGGAAAAUGGAAGCCUUUUUGGCAAAGGAUCCAACUCUUAAAGAUACAGCACAAAGGGCUUUCAUAUCUUACGUAAAAGCAGUUUUUUUAAUGAAAGAUAAAGAAGUUUUCGACGUACAAGCUUUAGACACAGACGCGUUUUCUAAAUCUUUAGGUUUAGCCAUACCACCUAGAAUAAGAUUUCUACAAAGAAUGAAUGCCAGAAUAGAAAAACAAAAACAAACAAACUUUUCUAAUAACAAUCAAAAUACUAAAAAAUAUUUUGUGGAUAAUGACAACGAAAGUUAUAAAAAUAAUUCUGAUUCUGGUGUAAGCGAAGAUGAAAAUUUGAAAAUAUCUUCAAAUGAAUUUCAAUUAUAUGACAAUCAAAGUGACGAUAAUGAUGACGAGAUGUUUACGGUUAAAAGGAAAAAUCACGACAUCGAUCUACCAACGGAUAAAGAAAUAGCAGAUUUAAAUUUAGGUAGAAUCUCGAAGAAGAAACCGAUUAGCAAAGCAGCAGCGGCUAAAAAAAUCUUGAAGAAAAAAAUAGUUCCGAAUAAAAAGAUAUUAUUUGACGAAGAAGGUCAAGCAGUGCAGAGUGCUAAAGAAAAGAAAUCGGAAUUAGCACAGCAAUACGAGAAUGAGAGCGACGGUGGAAUUGAUAUAGAAAAAGCUAAAAAGGUGUUACGGGAAGAAGACAAAUUCGAUAAACAAUUGUUUAAAGAGAGAGUGAAGGCGAAACAUAAAGAAGAAAAAAGAAAAUUGAAAGAGAAAAAGAAAAAAGAAGAAGUUAAAGAUGAUUUUGGUGAAAGUGAUAGUGAUGAUGUACCAGAUAUGGAUUGGUUACCAGAUCCUGAUGAUAUUUAUGGUGAAAAAACUGAAGUGGAAGUAGACCGUUUAAAAGAUGAAAUUGAAGACGAAAAGUUAAAAACAAAUAAGAGUGAAGAAAAGAAAAAUAAAAAGAGGUUACCAGAAAAGAAAAUUGAUGAUUUACAAACUGUUUUGAAAAAGAAAAAGAAACAUAAAAUUAAAGAAAUGAAUUCUUCACUUUCCGUAAAGGAAGCAGAGGAAUUGGCGUUGUUGUUAUUAGGGAAUACAUAAAAGUUUUAAAUAAAAUAUUUUUCUCA